ACCAGCCCUACAAGCUAUGCACGACAAGCUUCCGGUAGUAGAUAACCUACUACCUAUUUCCACGACAAGAUGUGAGGAUAAGUGACGCGACAUCGCACCCAAUAGGCCGUCUCCUGACCCAACAUCACCAUCAUGUCUAAGAACACCGCCAACAAACCUGUCAUCGCCGUCGUAGGCGCAGGACCAGGCAUCGGCGAAGCAGUAGCCCACCGCUUCGCAUCCGAAGGUUUCGUCGUCGCAUUGCUUGCGCGUACAGAAGAAGCUUUACAAACCAUGGCCAAGAACAUCAACAGCGACGUCGGCACGGGCACAGCGCACUACUACAUCACGGAUCUGCGCGUCGAAGAUACAGUGAUAUCGUCCUUCAAACGCAUUCGCGAAGAGCUCGGUCCUGUCAAUGUACUUGUUUACAACGCCGGCGCGCGUCGCGUGAACGGACGUUCGCUCAUCGACACGACGUCAGAGGAAUUCGAAAACUUCACCAAGAUCAACCUGUUCGGCGCAUUCUGGGCGAGCAAGCUCGUCAUUCCGGAUAUGCUCGCCGCGGGCAAAGGUACCAUUCUCUUUACCAGUGCGACGGGCGCGUUGCGAGGCAUGCCAGGCCUGGCGUCAUUUUCACCCGGGAAGUUUGGGCUGCGCUCCUUGUGCCAGAUCAUUACGCGCGAGUAUCAGGCGAAGGGUAUUCAUGCUGCGAACGUCAUUAUCGAUGGGCCAGUGGAAGGGAAGCUGAUCGGUGGUGUGAUGAAGAGGCAAUGGGAGCGGACCGGGCAGACGGACAAAGCGGCAGAUGUAGAAAGUCAUCUUGUUCAGCCGAGGGACUUGGCGCAUACGUACUGGUUCUUGCAUACGCAGCCGAGGAGUACGUGGACGCAGGAGUUGGAUGUCAGGGCUAUGAAGGAGACGUUGUUUACGAAGCUGUAGAUGGAUAGCAGAUAGUAUUAG